GACAUGGGGGAUGGGGCACCGUGGGAUUUUAACAUUUUUUAAUGGUUUGUCACUUCAUAGUUCAUCCUUGCCAAAAACAGUGAAUAACUCAUGAAACUCUAGGACUUUUCAAGCCAUCCCUCUUCGAUCAAAGCGGUCCCAUCUUAAAAAUAAUAAAAAUAAUAAUAAUUCUGUGCCCUGUUCAUGGAUCCCAAGGGCUCAAAGCAAUCGCAGGAGGUACCCAAGUUCUUGAGUCUCCCACAGCCCCAAGCGAACAUCAUGGGAGAGAACAAGCCGGCUGAAAUCAAGGAUUUCCAGAUUGCGAUUGCGGAUAAAGAAGACAAUAACAAGAAGCAGCUAGCGCCCAAGAGGAGCUCCAACAAAGACAGGCACACCAAAGUAGAAGGCAGAGGAAGGAGGAUAAGGAUGCCGGCGCUGUGUGCCGCUAGAAUCUUCCAAUUGACCAGAGAGUUGGGUCACAAAUCUGACGGCGAAACCAUUCAGUGGCUUCUCCAGCAGGCGGAGCCGUCGAUCAUCGCAGCCACCGGAAGCGGCACGAUUCCCGCAUCAGCUUUAGCUGCCGCAGGCGGCUCUGUUUCGCAACAGGGCACUUCUCUGUCUGCAGGAUUGCAUCAGAAAAUUGAUGAAUAUGGGGGGUCCAAUAUUGGGUCGGGCAGUAGGACCGGGUGGGCUAUGGUGGGCGGAAAUCUGGGGAGACCCCAUAUGGCUACUGGUCUAUGGCCCCCAGUUAGUGGGUUCGGGUUUCAGUCAUCAUCGGGUCCAUCCACACCAAGUCUUGGAAGCGAGAGUUCAAAUUACCUGCAAAAGAUUGGGUUCCCUGGGUUUGACUUGCCUGCGGCAGCAACGAACAUGGGUGCCAUGAGUUUCACCUCAAUUUUGGGCGGGGCUAACCAGCAAAUGCCCGGGUUGGAGCUUGGUUUGUCUCAGGAUGGUCAUAUCGGUGUUCUGAACUCACAAGCCUUGUCCCAGAUUUAUCAGCAGAUGGGUCAGGCUAGAGUACACCAGCAGCAGCAGAAUCAGCAUCAGCAUCAGCAGACUCCUGCCAAGGAUGAUUCUCAAGGCUCUGGACAGUGAUGCAAGUAGUAUUGCCCGUAGGCAGAGAAUUCUGCAAAUGGCUUUUCUUAUUGUAUGAUUGGGAGACGUGUGCAAAUAGAUACCUGAAGGAAUUCAAUAGGACCUGGAUUUGGCUUCCCCCCUCCCCCAUCUUUCCUAUUCAUUUGCUGCACCACUGAAGUCUCCAGAAACAGGUGGAGUUGCACUGCCACAUAGCUUGGGUUUGGGCUUAAUCUCUUGUUUAAUUCGGAGGUGUGUUGAAUAUUACUUUGUAAGGAAUCGAUUACUUUUUUCCCCCGCUAUAGGUCAGGAUGGAGUGAUCAUCUGUUUGUUUGUGAAAGUAAUGGUUUAGUUUCAUAAUCAUAUUUUGCUAAAUCUUAUUGCAUCUUGGACUUCAUCUUUGUCAUCUGAAAGAUUCUGACCCAAUGGCUUCCUGGUACACUAAAUAAACCUGAAACUAUAUUUCCACACACAAGCUGCCCGUUGUUACCAUUUCGAAUUUCAGGUUCAGAUGUUGUCCUAUUUCUUUGCAGACAAUUGAGCAGUUUCCAUCAAAUUGAUUGUGGGGAACUUUUUUUUUUGGGUCCUUUUGGAUGUCAUUUGUUUUUUGAACCCCUUCUUCAGUUGUGCUUUCUUUUAAGAAUUUGAUAUCGUGGACCUAAGCAUCCACAUCUGCAGCUCUGCAUUAUUGUCAAAGAUAGCAAAUUUCCCUUUUCUUUCACGGGUUUUUCGCUUCUGAAAUUUAGUAACUGAAAUGGAUUAGUAAGCUGGAAAAAUCGUAUACUGUUCUUGAUCCAAAGAAGUCAUGUGGCGUUCACUUAUUGUAAAAGUCAUCCUUUUCUGUGUCAAUCGAAGUCCGAAACCAGUGUGUACUGCUACAGUAGAGCUUGAGUAUCCAUAACUGAUGUUAGCAAAUACUUCUUACUUUUGAGAAUGGGCGAAGGCCUUCCUCAUCUAGGUUAAGAAGCGGAACUAACAAUCUGUUUGUGAUGUCCUAUUUCUCCACUAUUACUUCCAUGCACGUCAGCAAAUUGAACCAAUCGCUGUUCGCUAAUUAGCCAUUCUAAUAACUAGCUGAAAUCUGGAAUAACCUCUUGUUUCUGAAGCUUGCAUGGUAGUAAGAUGUCAGGUUGUUGUGUUAAGCCUGUUGAAAAGAUAAAGCAUCUUAAAGAACACAGCGAUGUCAUUAUUGAUUGUGGAACGUUAAAAUUAGCGUUAAGUUAUGAACGAGACUUGGAAUUGCUGCUCGAGAAACUAUGGGACAAUCUGUCAAGAUCUGAAACUUCUUUGAGUUUCUAUGACAUCAAGUUGUCAAGUUAUGCUAGUGGAUAUGUGGUAAUCUCCAUGGUGCCCGGUGAAUCGCUGCUUUGCUGUAGUUUCUGGCUGCAAGUGCUUCUAUAUUUGCUUUCAUCAUGUAAACUCAUGUCAUCUCAUCUUGUCAACUUUGUAAACUCGUGGAUUUUGUGCUCUCAAGCUUCAAUUGGUGUCGCUCAGUAUAUGACAUUAGUGGAAACUUUAUGAAUACGAUCAGUUGUAUUCUACGUCACCUUUAGUACAAAAGCAACGCUAGCAAACAUGUAUGGUGUAAAUAUCACUGGCUUCAUUGUACAAAACCUUGACGAUUAUUGGUUACAUACUUCACGAUGAUUAUAGUUGAUUUUGUACAAUA